AUGAGCUCCCAAUCUAUCGAAGAAGCACCAAAGAAUAUCGUCGUAUGGAUCCGAGAUAACCUCGGUAUUAGUCACCAGAAAGGCGAAGAUGGGCGAAUUUGUCAGGUCGUUCAUCGUCGAGAGCUCAACCCGACGAAUCGGCGGGAACCUUUGAUGAGGCGCCUAGGUCGCAGGAUGGGCAUUCAACAGCAGCCUGAACUUCCUUCCUAUGUCACUGCAGCUGCAAAAGCGUACGAGUACGUCAAGGAAAACUAUAGAAAAGGGGGUCGAGUUGUAAUACUUGCAGAUAGCGAUGUCAGCCCGGAUGGUGUUAUAAAUGCGGCUCGAUUGCUGGCUAAAUGCUUGUUUGAAGACUGCCCACCACCCGAUCGAGUAGAAGGGUUAUUACAUUUCAAACCGAAUGAUGCGGGCCAAAACCGGAUACCUAUAAAGUCUGACAUCUUUGGAGUAUCGGGGUUCAGUGACUCGGGACAGCAUGUGACGGUUCUGAACGAGGACCUGCAAGCAAAGUUUUCUUCUUUCUCGAUAGAGCAUAUUAUAUGCUGGAAUUGUGAUGACAAGUCUUUUUCAAGUUGUCAUACCGCUCUUACCCCUGCUGGACAUGUCAAAUCUAAAAAGGCAAGUGAGGUAUGCCUUUGUCGUGAUGAUUAUCCACGAUGGUUUGGUCUCCAAAUGUAUCUCACCAAGGAGUUCAUCGAUUAUAUACCAGAAUAUGUUCCUAACUGGGACAUUAUGGAUAAUCUAGUGUGGGAAAAAGACUUCCAACCCAUGGCUGAAUCGGAGGACACAUCACAAGGUAGGCCAGAAAGUGAGGAGACAACUCCUUUACCCGGAACGAGAGGGGAACGACCUGCGGGAGCCCAUUCUACUCAAUUGAGAAAGUACAAUUGGGAGGACAACGACUCGAGAAAUAUGCGAAGUUGUCUUUUGUGGGAAGCUUACUACGAUUAA